CAACGCUCGGCGCAGCAAUUGGGGCCUUGGUGAGCAGCACACUGUCGAAGGCACAGACGAGGGACCCGGUAGCACGUUGCUGACCGGCUCGUCGCAGAAACAACCCGUCCACAAUGAGCGUCUCACCCGAAGCGUUGCUCUUCCGACGCUCGGUCUGGGAUUCGCGCAUCCCCGUCGCCGUCACGUUCGACAUUUCGCAGCUGCCGCCAGGCUCGGACGUCACCUUGGACACGUACUACACGGCCGCACCGCGCGUGUCGUACCUUACUCUGUUGUUGGCUGACGUCCGCAAGUAUCUGGUCGACCAGGUCAUAGAGCCAUCAGCGCUCUCCAAGCUCUCCGAAAAGGAUUUUUGGUUCGAGUGUGAAGGUAUGCCGCUUAAGUGGCACUGGCCCAUCGGCUUGCUUUACGACUGCUUUUUGGGCUCUUCUGAUCGGACACGACAUGUGCCCCCCGCGGCGUCUUCACUGGACGAUGACUGUGGGCCGCGUGCGGGGCCUUCCAGCUACGCAAACCUGCCAUGGCGGAUCAAGCUGCACAUUCGCGAGCCGCCGAUGGACAAGCUCUACUCAUCCUGUGGCUUAGACGGCUGCCGGGCGAGCUUCAUGAGCCGGAUUAAGGAAGCUGACUUUGUGCGCUUCGGCAACACCAAGCGCGUCGUGAACCUGCGGCGGCAGGAGCAGGAUGCCCUGUGGGACGGAGUGAUAGAGCAGGAUUUCGACAAGUACUGGUCGGUCGCUGCCAAGCUUGUGCCGCCACCGUCGAGCGUUGCGCCUCCCAUAUCCCGGCAAUCUUCCCGCGCGCCGUCCCUGCUCGGCGGUGCAGGCCUGGAGGAUCGCGCAUUCCUCACAAACCACGCGAACGAAAGUCAAACGAGCCUCGCGCCCAGCUUAGCCAGCAAUGCACCUAGCGAGGUUCCUUCCGCAACAGGUCCAGCUGGCGCAAAUGCAGGCCUCACCACAAACGCGAAUAAAGACGCGAACGCAGCACGUGCUGUGCCGAUACGCUUUCACCUCCCGGACAACGCGCCUCUCGUGCAGGAGCCCGUCGCGCCGCUGCUCGAAGACGGGCGACCCGCGACGCUUCAGUCGACGCUCAGCGCGCUCUUUCCCCUCCUCUUCCCCCCGCCACCUGCUUUCCGGCUCGGGACGAUCGCAUCGCCAAACCUGGCAUAUCCGGUCGUACAUGGCAUCGUCGUCCCGCUCGAAAGCGAAAUCAGUUGGCUGGGCUCGACCUUUACCAGCGCCGAUGGAUGGUUAAGCGUUGUCAUAGUCCUCGCUGCCCACUAGCACACGCGAUUCCCUCUGAUGAAUGCAAACUACGUACAGCAGUUUCUACCUUUCAGAACACAUCGUCGUCCCCGCUGUCCAGAUCUGACAGACUGUAAUCCGAGAAGGCGCCGACGUCGACUCCGUACAUCUCAUCGUAUGCCUUUUGCUGACCCGUUUGGGUAGCACCGAGCGGAGCCUUGACGUUCCGCCAUUUCGGCGCGCCCUUUAUCCGCAGUUUUGGCUCGGCAAGCGUCUGGCUAUCCACGCUGCCACGCGCAAGGAGACGCUCUCUAAUGUCGUUAUCGUGCGCCUCCCCUCCUUCAUCGCCGCUUGCAAGCUUUCCGUAUGCGUCCGUGAGCGGGUUAAAGCCUAUCUUCUUGAUGGCUUCG